UCAGAGGCGGCCAGACUGGAAACUGCGAUCCAGAGUGCGAGUCUGGCGCUGUCAGGUGAACUCAGAAGCAGAAACUCCUCUGGAAAAAAACAAAACAAAAAACUUUGAUUUUAUUUUCCCCUGAAGAAAUUGUUUUUGGAGUCUAUUAAACGGACUUAAGUGACGCUCAGGACUUUCAAAAUCAAACGCUCCGGCCUCGUCUCCACAAUGUUCUCCUCUUAUAGGUAGCACUCACUAACAGUGGGCAGUGACGUGGAGAUGUCAGCUCUCACUACCUUGCUGACAGUAUGGUUAUGGAUUCAAGCUGCCUCCGGACAGCGCACUUGUCCAUCCAUUCCUCCCAGGCUGCCGGAUUUCUCUGCAGAAUAUUCCCUCCCUUUCUUCCAAGCCGACAAACCUGUCCAGAACAUCGCAGUGACCAAAGACUCCACGCCCCUACAGAUGUUUGUUGGACUCCAGAAUGCAAUUGUAGCACUCAAUGAUUCUAUGCAAAAAAUAUGGGAAGUGAAAACUGGACCUCUGGGGAGUCCAGACUGUCAGACCUGUCAUAUUUGUCACACAGAACCGGAUCCAGAGGAGUCGGUGGACACAGAGAACGAGGUUCUGCUUUUGGACCCUGAUGCAUUCUACCUACCGUAUUUGUACAUUUGUGGAAGUACCCAGCAUGGAAUCUGUUACUUUAUCGACAUUGCAUCACCAAAACUUGAGCCUAAAUGUUUGUACAGAGAGAAGCAAAACUCUAAAGAUGAUUGCCCCGACUGCCUGGCCAGCCCUCUCGGUACUAAAGCUACCAUAGUUGAAUACGGGAAGACGUCCUACUUUUUUGUUGCGGCCACAGUCAAUGAGAGGGUGGCACAGAUCUACCCGAGGAGGUCAAUAUCAGUGGUUAGGCCGCUGUCCACGGAGGACGGCUUUGACAUGGUCAUGAGUGGCCUGACAGUGCUCCCAGAACUUCGUCAGUCUUACGCCAUCGACUACAUCUACACUUUUUCCACUAAGGACUAUGUGUACUUCCUGUCUCUGCAGAGGGAAAAUCCCUCCAACAGAAACUCAGCUUUUCAGACCCGUCUGGGACGACUGCCCAUUUCUAUCCCAGAGGUGUGGAUGUACAGAGAGGUGGUCCUGGAGUGCCGCUACGAACCAAAACGCAGGCGGAGACGGAGGGAGAGUUUCAGGGACAUCGUGUAUAAUGGGCUGCAGGCGGCACAUUUUGGCCGAGCGGGCUCGGACCUGGCCAAAGAGCUGAGGGUGGAGGCCAGUGAAGAUAUUCUGUACGGGGUUUUUGCAGAGGUGAAUGAGCGCGGGGAGGCGAAGAAAAACUCUGCCUUCUGCGCCUUCUCUUUGUCAAAAGUCAACCAUGCCAUUGAGAUGGGCGUGGAGGCCUGCUGCAAGUCAGGUACAGAGCAGUUAUCCCGAGGCCUCUGCCACUACCAGCCGUGUGAGAGCUGCCCACAUGAGAGCUUUUUGGAGAAUCAAACGUGCAGCGAUAAGCCCACCCUGGUGUUAAAGCCCCACUACAGAGUCGAUCUCUUCAACAACAAGAUGAGAGGCGUUCUGUUUACGGCCGUGCUCGUCAACAUCAUCGGGAACCACACUAUUGGACAUUUUGGUACAUCAGAUGGGCGCAUACUGCAGGUCAUUCUCACACAAUUCAAACCAAAUUUUUUUGCCAACUAUUCACUGGGGAACACUAGCAUUUCCAGGACGGCAACUGUUCACUCAGACGAUUAUCUUCUCUUCGUGGCUGGUAAUAAGAUGUUCAAGGUACCUACGGUGGGACCAGGAUGCACACACUUCUGGACGUGCUCGCUGUGUCUGACCGCCCCAAGUUUCAUGAACUGUGGCUGGUGUUCGGGAAGAUGCUCCAGGAAGCACGAAUGCACCUCUCAAUGGAACAACUACUCUUGCACACCCGUUAUAACCCAGUUUUUUCCUCAAAUGGCGCCGGCUGGUGGCGAGACAGAAGUGACACUUUGUGGCUCAGAAUUUCGCUCUCUUUUGUCGUCGUCGGUCAUUGAUAAUAAAACUCAUGUCAUAACAGUGAGCUCAGGAGCUUCCUGCGCUCUACUGCCUAAUCAGAGAAGUAGUGAACAGCUAGUGUGCAAAAUUCAAGUCAAAGUACCAAAGCAGAACCUCAACAUCACGCUGGAGGUGCACGAGGGUAAAGUUGAGGGCCCCUACUCAAUCGAAGGCACAGCCCAGAUAUCUGGCUUCUCUUCUGUGGAGCCCCACAUAAUGGACAUCAAGCCUGCCUAUGGACCCAUGUUUGGAGGAACCAAAGUUACUCUAAGAGGCAAAUAUCUGAAUUCUGGGAAAAAACGAGAAGUCUUUAUUAAUGAAACAUGCAGCAUAUUAAGAGUUUCUGAGGAACCAGGAGGUCUUUCUUCCAUCAUCUGCCACACGGCAGCCACAAAAAGUGUCAGAGAAGUUCCUGUCAAAGUCGUUAUUGACGGUCUUCAAGUAAAUGCCACAGAGAAGUUCUCCUACAAGAAAAACCCCGUCAUAACCUCAGUGAAACCCCUCUGCAGCUUUCAAAGUGGCUCCAGACUAAUUAUAGAAGGUCAGAAUCUGGACUCCGCUCAUGAAGUGAUAAUCCAAUACACUCCGACCAAUGUCAUCACACAUCCCCUCAAACAUGUCUGCAGCGGUAGGAGAAACGCCACAUACAUGGAGUGUCGGACCCCUCGGUUCCCAGAGGAAAAGGUUGUGGAAAAGUUUGACACGGGAAAAAUUGCUUUUCACUUGGAUGGAAAAAGUCAACCCUGGAGGGAAACGUUUUACUACUACCCAGACGCAGACGUCAUCCCCUUUGAAAACGAGGAGAAAGUCCUGCUUCUCAAACCGGGAGAGACGGAAGUCUCUCUGCAUCACAACAAGCUGAAUUCCGUGUACCACUGCAUGAAGAUCAACAUGAGCAUCGGCGAGGAGUUCUGUGACGUCAAGGUUCUGUCGAAUGAGCUGACCUGCAGGAUCCCCAAAGGUUUGGUCAUUCCCAGCGACGGUUUACCUGUCAAGGUGACGGUGAACGGAAUCGUGUUUGAUGUGGGAACAGUGCACUAUGACAAGAGCAGCAACCUGGUUGUUGUUGUGAGCAUCAUUCUGGGCAUCGUCGCCGCGCUGGUUUUAGGCGCCGGGCUGGCGCUGCUCGUGAUGACUCGUCUGAGGAAGAAAAAGAGAGACAACAAGAAGAACGAUCCCUCAACAAUAUUGCGUAGUCGCUUUAGCAGCCAUCAUGACUCUAUUCCAACAGGCGACUAUCGGCACGAUCUGUCCAAUCAAACAUCAGGCUCAGGAGGAAUGACCUUCCAAGGGUUAUUGUACGCUGCCAGCUACGACCAUCUGGCCGUUCCACUGAUGAACCGGGACAACGUCUCCAUAGUUAGCCUGAGCACCGAUCUGUUGGAGGAGGUCAAAGAUGUGCUAAUUCCCUCUGACAAGCUUAGAAUUGAAGACAGCAAAAUCAUUGGAAAAGGUCACUUUGGGACAGUGUACCACGGAUACCUCGUAGAUAACAAUAAGCAGGAGAUCCAUUGUGCUGUCAAAUCUUUAAACAGGAUCACAGAUCUGGACGAGGUGCACCAGUUUCUCAGAGAGGGGAUCAUCAUGAAAGGCUUCCACCACACCAACAUUCUGUCUCUGCUGGGAAUCAUGCUGCCCAACGAGGGGCUGCCAUUGGUUGUUCUGCCUUACAUGAAGCACGGAGACGUGCGUCAUUUUAUCCGGUCCGAGCAAAGGAACCCGACGGUGAAAGACCUGAUUGGGUUUGGACUCCAGGUUGCUAAAGGAAUGGAGUACUUGGCUCAAAAGAAGUUCGUCCACAGAGACCUGGCUGCACGAAACUGCAUGCUGGAUGAAACAUUUACCGUCAAGGUGGCUGACUUUGGCAUGGCAAGAGAUGUUUACGAUAAAGAGUACUACAGCAUUCAGAAUCACACUCGGGCUAAACUUCCAGUCAAAUGGAUGGCCAUUGAGAGCCUGCAAACACAAAAGUUCACCACCAAGUCGGAUGUAUGGUCGUACGGCAUCUUGAUGUGGGAGCUCUUAACCAGAGGUGCGAGUCCAUAUCCGGAUGUGGACCCAUAUGACAUCACACACUACUUGUUGAAGGGACGUCGACUUCCUCAGCCACAGUAUUGCCCUGAUACUCUGUAUUCAAUCAUGCUGACAUGUUGGGACCCUGUUCCUGAGUGCAGACCCUCCUUCCACAGCCUGGUGACGGAAGUUGACGACAUCCUUUCCUGUCUUGAAGGGGAACACUAUAUCAAUCUAAAGGUGAACUAUGUGAACUUAGACCAGCCGAGGCCUUACCCCCCCAUGUCGGAGUCUGCCGAUGAAGCUGAGGGAUCAGACUUGGACUAACACUAAGUGGACCUAUAAAAGGCGGACUUUAGUCUUAAUAUUGGUGAGCAUACAGUCGAUUGGCUGAAGGGAUUCCAUCCACUCAUCUGUCUGUUCGGGGAUGCUGGAGCCUAUCCCAGCUUCUGUGGGGAAAAGCCUGGACUGUUUGCAGAUCAAAAACAAGGAUACAAGAUUAAUAACCACAAACUUAAAAAGGACAAUUUAGACUGUGGGAGGAAACCAUGAGGAGAAGACACAGAAAGGACCCAGCUGGGAUUCGAACCAGCAUCUUCUCACUGUCAGAACGAACCAACCGUCCAGCCCCGACAGCUCUCCUUCAUCAGACUACUUUUACACCAGUGGGCCUAUUACAUUCCUUUUUGGGGCCUUUGAAAGCAGGUGUUUGUUUUAAAAUGUUGAUUUUUCCGCUCAUCCUCUAAACUGGAUCCUUCUCUCAAGAUAAGUUUUAAAAACACUUAUUUUGACUUUUUUAUAUUAAUUAUCGGGCAUAUCUGUUUAUAAAAGUAGGAAAAUGUCAAGUUUUACCAGAUAUUAUUCACAAGCUUAUGAGAAAACUCUGAGGACCCAGCAUUCUAGUAGUAUUUAAACGCAUCACUUACUGCUGAAUCUCUGAGACGUGAAAAGAGUCUAACCACACAUUUGUGUGUAACUGAGGUUUUGUGUGUGCGUAACAAGCAGUUGUGCGUAAUUUAUAAAGAUCUGUGUGUGUGAUUAGUUUCAAACUGUUGUAAUUUAAAUGUGUUCAUCUGUAAAUUGUAUUAUUUUUUUUUAUUUCACAAUUUUUUUACUUAUUCACUUAACAUUAUCAAUCAAGAAUUUCGCACGCACAAAUCCUAAGUUACGCACAAAUCAGGAAAUACACAUUCAUGAAUUGGGUUUAUACUUAUUUCUCUCCAUACAUUUCUAUCAAUCUUCAAACACAAAUGUGACAAAAUGAAUGUAACGUGUUCCUGCUCUGACAUUUGUGAAAUAAAAUGAAAAUUUUGCUGCACUUA